AUGAAUGGAACAAUAUUUACAUUGAACGAUUCUAUUGAUACCACAACAAGCUAUACAGAUGAGCUAAACAAAGAUUUAGGACCCGUUUGUAAAUAUAUCGUAAUUUAUCAACAUCCAUUAAAUCAGAAGAGAGCAUUCGAACUUCAAAAUACUGUUGAAGACACGCUAAGAGUUGAAAUCGAUGAUAUUACGAUUUUCAAGCAUCCAAAUGGCGAAAAUUUAGGUAUUUCUUCAAUUGAAUUUUCCAAAGAAGUUCCAAUAUCACAAUUAAACUUACUUGAAAAAGAAAAAAUUAACCAAAUUUGUGCUUUUAAGACAAGGUCUGAAUACGAGCAAUUCAUGAAUAUUCACUCUCUUGAUCGUUUAGAACUGAUCAAAUUUAAGAGCGGCAGGACCCCAUUAGUUUACAUAGGUAAUUUCAACGGCUCUGCAGACGACUUGAGACAAAUGUUAAGACAAUUUGGCACAAUUACACUUGUCAGAGAGUUAAAAGCUAAAAACAUUACUUAUUUCAUUGCUUACUUUGAGCAAGAGACAUCAGCUAGCUUUGCAGUCCAAACUUUGAACCAACAAAUAAUAAAUUCACAGAGCGUCCUCUGCCGUUCAUUUUACUCCAAUGCUUACCAAGAUUUCUUUGCUGUACGUGGCGCAUUAGAUGCCGAAAGCCUCAAAUCAUUGUUAUCCGACUAUGGAAAUAUCAAAUCAUUCCAAGAAGUCCAGGAUGGCGAGUCAGUUACAUAUAUCAUAUCAAUGGAGUCAGAAGAAAUCAACAAAGCCUGCUGCAUGCUCUUAAACGGAAUCAAAUUGGGUCAUUCCAAAUUUAAGACAUUCUUUGUCGACAAGCAACGUUUCUUGAGUUCACGCAACCAAAGGAUAUAA